AUGAAGUUCUCGAAUGAGCUCGAAGCUCAGCUCAUACCAGAAUGGAAGGCAGCCUUCGUCAACUACGGGCGACUCAAGAAGCACGUCGAGGACAUCGAGCUUUUGAAAAAACCAAAGCAACCUCAGCAAGUCGACCGCAACUUCACCUGGUCCAUUUUAGAACCCAUUCGUUCCAUGGUCAAGAAAGUUGCCAGCAAGUUCCAAAAGUCCCCUAACACCACCGUCAAAACCCUGAAGAAGAAUACGAAUGACGUGGAGAAUGGAGGGGAAGAAGAAUGGGAGGAGCGUGAAGCCUACGAAAACGAAGUGAACUUAUUUCUCGGGAGGGUGAAUGAGGAGCUCAGCAAGGUGAACCAGUUCCAUAAGUCAAGAGAGGAUGAAUUUCUUGAGAGAGGAGAUGCACUCCGUAAGCAGCUCCAAAUUCUGCUGGACCUCAAGCAGAUGCCCGGCAACGGGGAGCGCCGGAAAAAUUCUCCGGGGCUCAAUGCGGCGAGCGCCAUAGCCUCUCCGCACUCUUCAUGGCCAUCCUCCAAUGGCAUAUCCAAUUUUCCAGAGACCCCGAAGGAAUUGCUCCAAACCCCCACAGGAACGCCGGAGAUGACGGACGAUGUGACCAAUGUGCUCGAGAGGAACGGGGUAAGUUUCGUGGGGCCAAAAAUGCCGACUUGGAUGAUAAUGGCCGUGGCAUCAAUGCUGUGGGAAUGUUUGGCGAACUCCCCAAGGAAAGAUGGAGUAGCAGGUUUCAUCAACAGGAAGAAGAUCCAGUAUGCUGAGGAGAUGAUUCGAGGGGCUUUUGUGGAGCUGUACAGAGGCCUUGGUCUACUCAAAACUUACAGCUCCUUGAAUAUGAUGGCUUUCACUGAGGUACUCAAAAAUUUUGAACAGGUGACAAAGAGACGGGCAUCAGCAAGUUAUCUUAAAAAAGUGAGAGAAUCACAUUUCGUAAGUUCAAACAAGGUGGUGAGGUUAAUAAAUGAAGUGGAGUCUACAGUCACAAAGCACUUCGCCAGCAAUGACAGAAAAACGGCGAUGAUGUUCUUGAAGCCCCAGCACAAAGAUUCUUACAGAAGCACUCUCUUUGUUGGUUUGUCCGCCGCUUCUUUUUUGACAUUUUUUACCCUAUACGCAAUUUGGUUACACGUAACUGGUGUUUUCAAUCCCACCCCGGACAUGGUCUACAUAGAAACUGUCUACCCUGUCUUUCAGUAUUUCAUCUUGUGUAGCUUGCACCUGUUCGUGUACGGAUGCAAUCUGUUCCUGUGGAAGAGCACGAGGAUCAACCACAACUUCAUAUUCGAGUUCUCGUCGAGCACCGCCCUCGAGUACGGCGACGCCUUCCUCCUCUCCAUGACCUUCAUGACCACUGUGGUCGGCGCCAUGAUCGUCGAUCUUAUCCUGCGGGACAGCAGCUCCUCGCCGAGCCUGGUCGAUGCAAUGCCUGGGGUCCUCCUUCUGAUUUUCUUCACCGUGCUGGUUUGCCCGAUUGACAUAUUCUACCGCUCGACUCGAUUUUGCUUCAUUCGUGGGAUGCGCAAUAUAGUUUUCUCUCCAUUUUAUAAGGUUCCGAUGGUUGACGUUUUUUUGGCUGAUCAACUCACUAGCCAGAUCCCAUUGCUAAGGCACAUAGAGUCCACGGCUUGCUACUUCUUGGCCAGAAUUUUCAAGACAGAGCAAGAAACGUGCAUAUCGGGAAGGCAUUUUAAAGAACUUGCUUACCUCAUUUCAUUCUUGCCUUAUUAUUGGCGUGCCAUGCAGUGCGCUAGGAGGUGGUUCGACGAACGCGACACGAACCAUCUGGCUAACAUGGGGAAGUACGUGUCGGCGAUGGUGGCGGUGGGGGUAAGGAUCACGUACGCGAGGCACCCCAACUGCCUGUGGCUCGGUAUGGUCCUGGUGACCUCCGUGGUGGCCACUGUGUAUCAGUUGUACUGGGAUUUCGUCAAGGAUUGGGGGUUUCUCAAACCCAAAUCGAGAAACCUGUGGCUGAGGGACGACUUGGUUCUCAAGCACAAGUGCAUCUAUUACAUCUCCAUUGCUUUGAAUGUAGUUUUGAGGGUUGCAUGGGUGGAGACAGUGCUGAGCUUUAAUGUCGGAGCGGUCGAGUCGAGGUUGCUGGAUUUCUUCUUGGCUUCUUUGGAAGUCAUUCGACGUGGUCAUUGGAAUUUUUACAGAUUGGAGAACGAACACUUGAACAACGUGAGAAAGUUCAGAGCGGUGAAGACGGUUCCGCUUCCCUUCCGCGAAAUGGACCCUCUCAGAGCUAAAUCACAUGGAGGGAUGAUUCCUUGA